CAAUGGCUAACUACGCCGUCACUGUCGUUAUUAUCAUCGGGAUUAUUUGUGGACAAGCAUUGAGCGUAAUCGAGAAUGCUGAUAGAAAUCUUUUAGGAUCUUUAGGAAACCUUCCCUAUGGUAAGGGAUUGGAUAGUGAAUUGCAACUGGCCAGAUUGAUGUUGGUAACUCCACGAUUUUGUCAUCCUAAACGCAAUUCCGAGCUUAUAAACUCGUUGUUGAGUCUACCGAAAAAUAUGCACAAUGCCGGGAAAUGAAAAUAAUCUGGCUCUAAAAAAUAACGCGCAAAGCUUAUUCGUCGUAAAAUUUAUAAAAUUAAAGCACAGAAGUUAAAAAAAUAUCCUUAAAGUUUUCAAUAAUCUGAAUAUAUACAUGUGAAAAAAUACAUGCCGAAAUAUGUAUAAAAUAUGAAUCAGUAUUAAUAAACCUA